GUGUGUGUGUGUGUUUGUGUGUGUGUGUCUCAGACACUUCCCACAAAUCUCAGCCGCCCCUCUCUCUCUCUCUCUGUGAAGAAAACAAUCAGCGUCUAGCUGUCCAUCAGAGCGUCGCCUCUCUCCAGAGUCUCCUCUCUCCCAGGUGGAUUUUUCCGCCCAGACGGACACCUGCCGUGAGCGCGCACACACACACACACACACACACACACACACACACACCCGACCCUGUGCCACCUCCCUCCUCCUGCGGAGCUCACUGGAGCGUGUGUGAGUGUGUGAGUGUGUGAGUGUGUGUCUUUGUGGACUAUGCCCUCCCGAGAGGAGAGGAGAGAGCGGGGCUGAGAACCCUGGAGCAGAACGCGCUGCGGACGGAACGGUUCUCUCGGCAGACCCACAGAGCCACAGGAUAUUACUGAAGAUGCAAACUUCAACUGCCCAGCCCGUGACCAACUUCACCACAGCUUUCCAGAACACCACGUCCACCACCAAGUCCAAGGAGCAAAUACUCACCCAAAGUUCUGGUGCCAUGAUAGCCCUCAUUGUCAUCGGGAUCAUCAUCAUUCUCACAAUCUUACUCAUCAUUCUCAAGACAUACAACAGGAGAACACAUACGUCAAGGAUGAUGGCUGGUGUUGGAGGCUCCAAAGCUCGUAAAAAGUCGCCCUCCUCAACCCAAACGAACCUGAACAUGAGUCACCUAGGACCCAGCUCGGUGUCUGGGAGUUUCGUCCAAUCAUCUGUGCCGUCAGAGAAUGGCUUCCGUCUCCCACGGGUAGACUUGACCAGUGUUGACCACAACAGCUUGGACCAGCAGAGCACGGCCAGCGGCUCCACAGUGGUCACCGUACAUGACACGCCUUCCAUCGAGAACACGUAGGAGCGGCAGUUGCCACAGCCAGAGCCUGAAACAGACUUCAGAACCGGCGUCUAUGUCAUACCACAAGGAUUAACGGAAACAACACCACCUCGAUGAACAAAGGAGAGCCGCACUGAACGUCGCCGUACUCGGCGAGACAGUCACGAGACUGUACUUGCGAUAGCCAGCAUAGAUAUAUUGACCCUUGGAGGAUCUUUAGAUGUUACCACUACAGGUUAGGGGCAGGAUGCACCCAUGAACGGACAGAACCAUGGACCGAUCAGGUAUGGGGAAUCGCGCGCCAGGAAGUGCGCGCAGGUCUCCAAAUUGCUGCCCCAGGACUGUUACAGUCCUACAUGUAACCCUCAAGCGUGCUGUGUGACGGAAUACGACUAGAUGACGAACUCAGAAUGUUGAGAGGGUAGAGAGAAGCAGGUGUAGUAAAUGCAGCCAUGUCGGCGGUCUCUUAAUUUAGCAGAUGAUUUUGCACUAGCCGUUGCUGUUCUUGUGACUGUUGUGACACGUCUUUCAUGAACCUUAAUUGAAUGUGAAUCUUUCCUAUAUUUUGAUUUAAAUCUAAAAGUAUGGUGUAAGAAAAAUAUUUAUUUUUGUAAACAAUUUUAUUUAUUUGACUGAUUUCACCUUCAGGAAACUGUUUAUAAAACAUAGGCCAUGAGGCUGUGCUUAAAUAUAAUCAAAGUGCAAAUAGAAUGUGGAAACACAUCAAAGUUUUAAAAAGUCCACAAGGCCGUCGCCUACCAUGAUGAUCUGUGUUUUACAUUCCCAUGUUGCCCAAAUACUGAACACAUCCUAGGCUACAUUUAAUAUCUCCCAAUAUGCCAAAACACUGAUCAUUCAACUUUUAAAAAUCUUACCAUAUCUUAAUUCAUCUUUAUGUGAUUGAUCAAAGUUUCUUUUCUUGGUUAUACAUGGAUAGGCUAUAUCAUCCUUCAAUUUACUUGUAAUGUGAAUGCCAUGCUCACCUAAACAUUUUUAAUAAAUUCUUAUCUCCACAUUCUGAA